CAUUUAGUUCCCAGUAACAGAGGAUGGCUGACAAGAUCAGUGAUGAUUCUCUUUCCUAAUAGACAUUAAUUCACAGAUUAUAACAACAGAAUAACUCUAAAGGAGACAGAGUAUACCUACAAAAUUCAGUAGACUUCAGAAACACACAACUGCUUCUGGAUUUAACAAUUACGAGAUUACUAUUUCUGCUUUUGGCGUGCACUUGGAUAGAAGUGCAGAAACCAGACUUGAUAAAGGGACACUUAUUUGUAUAGCAUGAGAAGAGUGUGCUGAUUGGUUAAGCCAUCAUUAGCAUGGAGAUGCAAUCCUACAAAUCACUACAGCUAUAAAAGGAACAUGGGUUUUACCAGCAAAUUCUUGGCUGUUAUUCAAAACAUGAACAUUCAUCUGGGUAAUACAAUGAAAAUUAUUCUUUUGGGGGCAGCAGGCCUUUUCCUUUUGGUAUCCAUGAUAAUUCUAGGAUGGCAGAUCUACCUUUACUGUAAACACAGAAAAGCAAAGAAAAUUAAAGCAAAAAUUGCUGUGAGUGGGACUGAUCCCAAUAAACAAUAUACGGAAAAAAGCAACUUAUCAACAUGCAGCAACUCUGCAGACUUCCUGGGUUUGUCUGAUGAAGAUGAGUAUUCAGACAUGAAAAAGUAUGAUUAUAAGGUGUACAAGCUCCAAGAGAGUAUACAAAAGCUAAGCCUUUAUCUUCAAAGGAGUGAUCCUGUUGAUUUUAAACUGAUUCAAUCAAAUGAUGAUCUUGUCGUUGACUCAAACGUUGAGCUUUCAGGCAAUUUGAAAUUUUCCCUCUUAUAUGAUAAAAAACAGUCAAAAUUACAACUGACAGUUAAAGAAGCUUCUAAUCUUCCUGCUCGACACUUCAAUCAGCAUACCGAUUUUUUCAUUCGGAUAAAGCUAUUUACCAGUUUACCUCGAUACCAAUGUAUCCUUCACCAAUGGGACACAAAGAUUGUGAAAAAUACAAGAAAUCCCUCUUUUGGAGACCAAUAUACCUGUUUUAUUGAAAAGACUGCCUACAGGAAGGCUACUUUAAAACUUGAGGUUUGGGAUUUUGACAAAUAUUCUCGGCGUGAUGUUUUAGGAGAGGUGCGCUUGCCAUUUAGUGACUUGGAAUUAUCCAGCACAGCUGAAUUCUGUGAGAAGUUACAGAAGGUCCAAAAGGAGGUCACUGGGGGAAUUUUUCUAUCUCUUAAAUAUCUUCCAACAGCCCGGAAAUUGGAAGUUGUCCUGCUGAAGGUGAAAACUGGCUGCUUGAGCACCAGUCCAGAUAUAGGUAUUUACACAAGAGUAGAUUUCUACGUCAAUCAACACAGAAUGAAGCACCAGAAAACACCAGCAAAGCUGAAGUCUGAAAUAACUGUGUUUAAUGAAGUUAUGCUUUUCACUGUGGCAGAUUCUGUUAUUAAUCAGUCCAUGAUUAUAACCUCUGUUUAUGAAACGUCGCUUUCCAAGGACAGUAAAAGGCAUCUCUUAGGCCGUGCAUAUCUGGGAAGGAAGAAAUCCAAAGAGGAUGAUCACUGGUUCUCUAUGCUGCAAUGCUUACGGCAGCCUGUGUCAAAAUGGCAUCCCCUCUUAAUCUAAGCACGCCCUCUGGGAUCUGCCUUGCCAUCACCAUUAAAUAUCUUUUAAAGACAACAGAAAUGUGGCAGCAGGUGCCUAGAGCACAAAGCACACUCCUUUCAAGCUCACCCAAUUCUAUUUUGGAUAUAUUAUUAUGCAAAAACAUCAACUGAACUUAGUUGAAAUAUUUAGAAAUCCUCAUGAAUUCAAAAGGAAAUAUUAAGAAUAAAAUGGAAUCAGAAGAUUGAUUUUGAAUCAAAAAAGAAAGCAGCUGGAUGCUAAUAAUUCUACAAUCCAGCACUAUGCUUGGGGAUUAGUCUGCACAGUUAACUAAUCAUAGCACAAAGAGAAUCCACCAUGUCUGUUCAAUCGUCACUUUCUUUCUGGAAAUUUUAGAAAUUGCCAAGUGUGCUAGAAAAACACAAAGCUAAGCAGUCGUGGAAAAACUUCCACUGGAACUGCUGAUUGAAAGCUUGACAAUUACUCAUGUGUUAGCAGUAUUUUCACAACUGUUUUCAAUUAGGUUUGAAGAACAAAAUUUAGCCAGUCAGAAGUUUGAGUUUAUGACAUCAUGUUUUGUAUUUUUAAAUUUAUUAAAUCAAAUCACAAGAUCCAAUUUACAGCUUUUAAGCCAAAUAGCUAGAUAGAAAAACCUGUGGAUUUCAAAUAUGUAAAAUUUGUAGAGUACAAGUUAGGAUUUUUGGUGAAAGUAGAUUAAACACAACUUCAUGCAAAAGUCAGCUCUCUAAAAUUAAUGUAAAUACCAGUGAAACAUGCUUACCUCAAAGAUGUUUCUCCUGGGACAUUUUGGCAGUGUUUUUCUUAAUUUGGACAGAUUAUUACUUCUUCUAACUUCCCAAAAUAAAAUUCCAUUAUUUUCACAGUCCAAUGAAAUGACUAUUUGCCUCUUUAGUGUACUACAUGCUUUGGCCAUCUGUUUUCUGUAUGCCUUGACUGAUUUUCAUUGAUACUUUGACCUGUGGCCCAUAGAGCUCUGCCAUGCAGCUAUCAUAUUUAAGUGAAACACACAUUAGGGCACCAGGAUGCAUGGUUAGAGGCAGCAAUGACUUAGAACACAACAUUCAGCAGUUAGGCAGCAUCUGCAGCAGGAGAAAAGAAGUUAACUUUUCACGUCAGUGAUCAUUCAAAUCAAAUACUUCCAGAUAUUUGUAAGAAUACAAUACAACCAAACCAACAGUUUAAAACAAUAUUAUUCUUAUUAAUGAUAUUUGAUACCCUAGCUGAAACAGCAACACAGAUAAUGACCCUGCACAUACUGAAGCAGGGCGUCUCGUGCUGAGCGCCUCAUCUUUCAGCUCCAAGCACUUUUCUGUCAUAAAUUGCUGCAAAUGCAAGUUGAUAGUGCGAUAAAGUAACAGGGCAACUUGGUGAACAAUAGCACCAAAAGUGAAAUUCCUUAAUACAAUUAAGAAUACAGAAAAAAACAGUAAACAUGGAGAAGAAAAUAUGGGGAACUCAAAAAAAAGGUGAAAACAAUCAAUCGCUUAAGAGGCAGUUCGAAAAAUGUGAAAAAAAAAGAAAAGUUUGAUAAAAGAGAAAUAUUUUGAAAACUUCACAGAUUUAUUUACAUGAGACUCUACAGCUUUAGUUUUUCCCCUUCUGUAACAGGAUUGUUUGAAUGGCUUUGCAGGAACAUCGAUUCCAUCUUUAAAAUG